UCGAGGCUCCGAAUAAAAAGCCUUCUUAAAAGCACGGCCUGAGGCGCCACCAACUGCUUUUUUGUCUUCAACUCCCCGUUUUCAUAAUGGAACCGUCCUAGCUACCACCGGCACCCGCGUUCUCCCCCUCUCAACCUCCUAAGGUGGAAGGAGCCAAAGCGCCCCGUUGCCAUGACGACGGCCAAGCCGCCUUCCGCGCCUGCUUCGCCUGAGAGGAAGGCCCUGGAAGCGGCCGAGAGGCUUCAGGAAAAGGGCAGGAAGUAUUGAAAAUUGAACCUGAGGCUGUACUGACAUUUAAUUACAACAAAAGCAUGCUGGUUUUCAGCUGGUGUGAUUUAAAAGAUCACUCUAACUUCGACUGAUUUGACAAUCAUGAAUGUCAAUGAUUUUGUGAUACUUCCUGGUUCAAAAACUGGCUUAUCUGUAAAACUGAAGGCAAAAAGCAUACGAGAAUUGCAGCUGGAGAAGACUCAUCUGGAACUUGAAAAUAAGGAGAUGGAGAAAAAACUGCAGCAACUUCAAGAAAACAUGAGCAGAGAAAAACAGGAAAGAGAGCAAGCAAAUGGAUAUCACUGGAAGUCAGGUCAGGCUGGCCUAGGUUUACAGCCCCAGCUGUUGUCCCAAAAUAAAGAAAAUAUUGGAAAGGUUUCUUCAGGCAAAGUCAGACUGAGGGUUCUCAAAGAACAAGAUCAAGUUUCAGAGGCAGCAAAACAAGCCACUGCACAUAAAAUAGUGACUGAUGUUUCAGCUGAAAAACCGAAAGUUAAGGGAAGGGCCUGUGGUCAGUGUGAGAUAAAGAGUGCACUCCUGAUGUGCUUAGAAUGUGGAGAAGACUAUUGUCCAGGCUGCUUUGCCAGAAUGCACCAGAAGGGGGCACUGAAGCUCCACAGAACAACUUCUUUACCGGUAAAGUCAAGAGUCCCUGUUGGAAAAUUAGAAGCUGCACAGCAGUUCCUGAAGGAGGCUUCUACAGCUCCUUCUUCAGAGGUUAGGUUGGAGAGCCAGAAUGGAGGAUCAUUACUACAAGGUACUUUUGAUGAAGAAGUAUCUGCAAAGUCUUUUCAGCAAGUUCUGAAUCAGUGGAGAAGUGGAAACUGCUCUCAAAAAUAUAAGGAAGAACGUUCAUGUCAGGUUGAAUCAGAAAAUUCAGGUACCUGCCAGGUGCAGACAAGUCCUCCAGUUCUGAAAAAACCUACUGAAAUUGAAUUCAAAGAAGAUAGCUUGACAUAUAUGGAAAAAUUAUUGAUUAAGAAGCAUAGAAGAACUCCAGUAGAUAAGUUGCCAUAUAGCAUUAUAGAAGAUGAGCUGAAACUUGAAACAUCAUUGAUAAAUGAAACUCAAAAUACUUGUUUUGAAAAAGAGGAGGAGGAGGAGGAGGAGGAAGAAGAAGACAUAGCAGUUGCUCGUAUUGAAGCUGAAGAAAUGAAAAAGUACUGGACAGAUGUUUUCAAAAAAGAGCCAGAAGUAGUUAUGAUAAACUCUGAACCUUCCUUAAAAAUCAAGAUUCUUGAAGAUACUUUCAAAGAAGAGUCAGAAGAGACUGCUACUUUUGUGUUGAUGGAAGCAGGAUCAGAUGAGUUUGAUUACAGUGGUACCAUGUCAAAAAAUGAGAAAACUGAACCAGACGUUUUUCUGGCACAAGCUGGUAAUAUUACCACAAGGUCACCUCUUUCUCCUACAGUCGGCAGUGAGAAGUGUUUAACUUUUCUUCAUAAUGAUCUUGAAGAAACUCCUAGAGUGAGAGCACCUUUUUCACAGUCUGAAAGAGCUGAUGCUGCCUGCGGCUGUUCUGGGGUAGAAGAAAUUGUUCCCACUAUCCCUAAUAAAAGAGCAAUAACAAAAGAAAAAUGGCCUGAAACAAAAAAAAGUAGCUCUCACAUGUCAUUUGAGCAAACGUUUAGUCCUCCCAAAUUGGUUCCUGGCAAGCCUUUCCCUGUGAUGGAAUUGCCCAAAGACUGCAAGCUAUCCCUGGAGUUGAAUGAAGCUUCACCACUCACUACAAAGGCUUCACUGGUUGCCCUGAGAGAAAAACCAGUUUGUAACGCAUACCGAGGACUUGAGAGAUUCUUUACAAUGGAUACAAACUGUCAACAAGUUACGGUGGACUCAUUUCCUUCACCAAGUACUGCCAGGCAUUCUCCAAGCAGCACUAUUUCAUUUUCAGGCAGGCCUGAGCUGUGGGUGAAGCAAUUAAGUUUAAGUGAAUGUGCUGAUGACUGUGUAGUACAAGAAGUCUUUAAAAAAGAGCUCAGCAGGCCAUCAAGUAGAUUGGGAAGAAAAAGCCCAAGCCAUGGAGCUCUUCCAUCAGUCUUGCCUGGAGCCCUUGAUGCAGGACCCACAAACCCAGCUGCUUGGCCCUUAUCUCGAGCUGCUUCUGAAAUUUCAGAAAUUGAAAGCAUUGAUGUCACUGAACAUGAUGAUCCUUUCUGGGAAUAUAGUACUGAUCAACAAGCUUUAGCAGAUUUAGUAGAUGAAUUGCAAAGUAAUUCAGAUCCUUGUGAAAAUUUCAGUGGCUUAACCUCUGGAGACUUCAGCAGGCACUCAAAGGGGCCAUGGCAAAAUCUUUCUGAUUUUCAUAAUAGCAAUGAAAUAGGAGACUAUAGCAAAGGUGAUACUAUAAGAGUUUAUGAUGAAAGCUAUACAGAUGAUGAGGAAGACCAGAGGGACAGACAGCAGGUGAUAGAAUUGCACUGAGAGAGAGA